UGUCAUACAUUUGACAUAGGCUACAACAGACAGUCAAGGGGCAGACAAAAAAGCAACAAGACAUUACAUACAGUAACUAAAGAAAAAACGGAAAGAAAAAUACAUUUUGAUACUUCAUAUUAAAUAUUUUUUAAAUAUCAAAUUACUUUUGAUUGCCUUAUUCCUAAUGUUUUUAAUAGUGCUAAUAUAUUGUUUUGGAGUCAGCCCAUUUCUAUUUAAGGACAUGAAAUUUCCCUAAAAAUACAAUUAACAUAGAUAAGGCUACUGUUUGUUUUUGCUCAUUAGCGGUACGUCAUGACGUCGAACCGGAAGUACAAACUUACGGUUAGUUUACUUUAAACAGUCAGGCAGUUGGUACUUGAAACGGCUGAUAUUCAGGUCACGUAGUUCAUUUUAAAGUGUCUUUUUCGCCCAUAACAUUUGCUGCCUGAGCUCCAUGAUGUCGUCGACGCUGCUGCUCAAGCUGCGGGUCAGCGAGCGGCUGGAGGCGGCUGUAGAGGAAGUCUUCGGACUGGUGGAGAAGACGGUGUCGGAGUAUCAGGAGGAAGCUGUCCGCAGCAAGAGAGAAAUCCUCCAGCUGAGAGUGCAGAUCGAGCAGCUGACCGUCCUGAAACCGAGAGUUAUAUUACUUAGCGCAGACACCCAGACGAUCUCUCAGGAGAUUUUGCCUUCACAAAAACCAGAACAGCUGCCGCCGAAUGUGGAGGAAAAGGAGAUCUGUGAUUCUCUUCAGAUCAAGGAAGAGCAGGCGGACUGUUGUAUCGCUCCAGACAUCGCUAUCAAUGUUCUAGACACACAGGCUGAUCCUUCCUACAGUGAUACACAUCAUAAAACAGAACCAGCUACAAACUGUCAACUGCUCCCACCUUCCCCGGCUGUAACAUCUAUCGUAAGCAAAAUCACAGACAACACAUUUGACCAAAGGAAUGGUGUAUCAUUACCUCCUCGCAGUCAAAAGGUGAAUCGGUGGAUCCUCCCAGCCCUUAACAAUUGUUCUUCCAAGGAUGUCAACAUCAGACUCAUGGAUACUACAACAACGGCUCCAAAUGACACCCAGCUGUUUCCCACCUACAGCUCUAUCACUGUGACAUUAAACGAUGAUUGCAAUGGGAACGCCAGCUCAGGCUCGUCCUCCUGUGCUCCGAUUCACAGUGACUCUGCUUUUAUGGAGCAGGAACAAACCCAGAAGGAUGACAGGACUUGCCCAUUUUAUGGCAAAGAUUUUAACACGGACUCUGAUCUGAUCAAACACGUCGACAAGGUUCACAUGACCACGAAGGCUUUCAAAUGCCCUGAAUGUGACAAGUCGUUCGUCGGUAGGUUCCUACUGACUGCGCAUUUGAGAAUUCACACGGGUGAAAAGCCAUACAAGUGUUCUUACUGUGCGAAAUCAUUUGCUCAAAGAUCAAAUCUCAAUGUUCACACGAGGAUGCACACAGGGGAAAAGCCAUAUUUUUGCAAUACAUGUAGAAAAAAGGUCGCCAGUACCAAUCAUCUAAAAAAAUGUCGUGCGAAAGAUCUCAAAUUUCUCUGUUUAAAGUGUGAUCAAAGAUUCCUCACAUAUACAAAACUGUGGAAUCAUGACCAGAACCAUAAAGCCAGCACAUCCCAUACUCAUUAGUUUUGACAUUUGAUAAUAAUACAUUUUAUUUGUAUAGCACACUUUAAAAACAACGUCAUCUCAAGGUGCUUCAAAGUUAUAUAAAAAAAAGUUAUAAUUUGUUCUUUAUCAUUGUUUUGCCACACAUGUACACACCUCUGUCCUCGCUGAAUGUGCUUGAAGUUAAUAAGAACUGAUAACAUUAGUUUGUUGUUAUUAUUUUGAGUCAAGUGAUCAGAAUCUGGAAUGCAACAAUUUAUAAAAAGGAGUUUGUUUGAAGGACAGUCAUUAUUUAAGUAUGUAAACAAGGAUUGAAUACUGAUGUAAAGCUUGUCACUUGAAAACAUGUAAGGACACAUAGCAUCUAGACAAUAAAUACAUAUCUGAAGAAGGAUUCACAAUACAUUUAGACCUAAGAAUAACAUUGUAAACAUUACUCGUUUGUCAAAGCGAGAUUCUUGAGAAUGACAAAAUGCAGAUCAAAUUAUCUUGUGUCAUAAUUUGUUUUUGUUUUCUCUGUUGAAGGUUUUUUGUUCCGUUCAUUUGAGAUCUUGAACCACUUUCCUCCUGAUCUGUAUAAUGCCUGUUUCUGCUCAUGAUUGUCUUGUUAUUCUUUUCAAAUGAAUAAAAUAAUUUUGUGUAUUUUGAAA